CCACCAGAAUGAAAUUCAUGAGGUACAUCCAUCUUAUAUUUUUCCUAAUUUUUCUUGGGACUGCACUGAGCAUCUACUUCGUACAACUUGGCAUGUUGAAAGUCAACAAAAGCACACUUGCAAACCGGUUGACUGAACUCCACAUGGCAAAUAUUUCUCAUCAAAGAGCUCAACUCAUUCGGGAACUUGUGCCGGAUCAAACAGAUAACGUUAUAGAACGCAGAGCAAAUGAAUACAAGCAACACAAAAUCAGGACUAAAACGGAUAUUACAGAUAUUAUUAUUGCACCAGCCAACUCUCCUCUCAAAUAUCCAAUAACAGGUUUCAUGGUCGCUCCACUGAAGAAAAGCUUGAUACCAGGUCUUGCUCUUAAAACACAAGAGAGAGAUAUAACAACAAACAACAGGGAGGUGUACAAGGUGUCUUUGAGCGUAAAUAAAGGAGUGCUCUCAGUGAAGGAUCUUCUGGAUGGAGAUCAGGUGGAGGGACAGGGUCAGAGUAAUCUGACCAUCUCAUCCAGCAACAUCACACAUCUCAAUGAUCUUCUGUCCAGAGUGACCUACACCAGCACCAUCUACCACAUCAGGACAUCAGACUUGGGUUAUUUCAGUUUUGAGGAUUACAAGGCCAUAUUUCCAAUCAUGAUCAAAAGACCAUCAAUUCCUGUUUUGUAUGACCCAGGACAAGAUAUCAACUCAAAGGUUACUAUAGUCACCAAGACCUUUCUGAGAUACAAGGAGCUGAACGUCCUUAUCCAGAGCAUCAGGAAAUCCUACCCGGAAAUCAAAAUCAUUGUUGCAGAUGACAGCCUGAAGCCUGAACGUCUGUCUGGAAACAACAUUGACCACUACAUCAUGCCUCCUGCACAGGGCUGGUUUGCCGGACGAAAUCUGGUUGUAUCUCAACUCACAACUAAAUACUUUCUGUGGGUCGACGAUGACUUUGUGUUCCUGAAUGAGACACGCAUCGAGAGUUUUGUGAAGAUUAUGGAAGCAAAUCCAGAACUGGAUAUUCUUGGUGGUGAGGUUUCGGGGGAACAGUUCUACUUCAUUUUUGAGUAUGACAACGGAGAUGAGAGUGAAGGUGGCUUCCUAAGACGUAUUAGAGGAUUUCAUCAAUCACUUCCAAAUCAUGAUGGCUGCGUUCUAGUGGAUGGCGUUAUUAAUUUUUUCUUGGCUAGAACAGAUGCUGUACAAGGAGUUGGCUUUGAUCCAUUCCUCAAAAGAGUGGCUCAUAGUGAGUUUUUUAUUGAUGCACUUGGAAAGCUGAUGGUUGCCUCCUGCAAAGGACUUUGUGUUGGUCACCAGGCACAUCAGGUACAGUUCAAAUAUGACUUUUACAGGAUUCAAGGAAAGCAUGAAGAAGAGCGAAAACUGGCUCACCUUUUCUUUAAGAACUAUCUUAAUUACAUCAAGUACUGAUUAGUAAUAAUUUUGACCCCAGUGAUUUUGAUUAAAACAUACAUUUUGGAAAAUAUUUGUUAAAUGUGAAAUAUAUAAGAAGAAAACUGGAGUAGCACAUCCACUUUAGACAUGUGAUAUCAUUUGCAGUUUCACUGUAUAUUUACCAUGCAUGUUUUCUUUUUGGAUUCUUUAUUUAUGAAAAAUGUUUGAUUAAUAACUUUUUACAACAGAGCCAGAGAUCUGCCCAUAUACAGAAAAAAGGUAUAUGGAAUAUUAGUCAUCUCAGUAUUUCAAGAGGUUUGAUAAAGGGUUAAUAAGUAUCACAUCUAUGGACUCUUUGUUAUUGUUUUUGUCUCAUGCCAUGUGCUCUCUGUGCCCUACCUUCCCUUCGUGAUAAUUGUGUAAUUGUCUUCACCUGCUCCCUGUUAAUUUAGUCAAUUACGUUGUGUAUAUUUAAGUCCUGUGUGUUUGUCCGAUCGUCAAUGUCCUUACUCGAUGUCCAUACAUGGUUUUUGUUCCAGAGGUCUAUACAUGGUUUUUGUUCUGCCUGCCUGCCUUUGCAUAUUUAUUUUGCCUGUUUGCAUUAAAUCUGUUCAGUUUGUUA